AUGGAUGCACGCGACAGGCGAAGAUUGUGGAAGAAGCUGCGGGCAGCGAGGCGGCCAGAGGUGCGGCCUUCCGUGUGGUUUGUGGCGCUCCGCGCGUGCUGCUCGCCGCGCCGAGUCACCUGCCUCUUCGUUCUCUACGUCCUCGCCGUGCUGCUGCUCUAUGAAAUCGGAGGAGUGGGGCACAUGUGUCCGGCCGACCUCUCCUGCGAGUUCCCCACAGAAGGCAUGUUCUGGGACCACCCCAUCCAGCCUCGCAGGCCUCCUCGCGUCGUCCGCACCUACCUCGUCAACGCCUCCGCUGCUGCUGCUAUCGCUGCCGCCGCUGCUGGUAACGCCAGCGGUGCUGCUGCCGCUGCAGCUGCUGGCAAAGGCAGGAGGCACCGGCUAGGGGCAGCUGGAGGAGCAGGAGGGGCAGCAGGUGCGGCAGGAGGAGGAGGGGGGAUGGUUGGCGCAGGGAUGGGAGCGGGAGCAGGGGCAGGGGCAGGGAGAGGAGGAGCAGGAGCAGCGGCGGCGGCCGGGGCAGCGGCGGCGGGAGCAGCAGCAGCAGCAGGGGGGGAGGAGGAGCAGGUACUGGUGGUGGAGCAGGAGGAGGAGGAGUAUGUGGCAGGGGGCCAUCUGCUGAUUCAGGACACGGGGGAGGGCCCUGAGAAGCCUGAUAGCUGCGUGGAGCUCUGUAGGAACGUGCCGGAGUGUGCCUUCUGGAUGUACGACAUGAGCAGCGUGAAAGGUGAGAAGUACGAGGUCUUGAGGUUUACGAGGUUACAAGGGUAG